AUGACAACAGUAAUACCAUUUAAACGUUUAGGAAAUCGUUCAUCAUUACCAUUAAGAAGUUGGGCUAAUGCUCGUAAUGCUAUGGCAUUUGCAUCAAUAUUACUCAUUAUAUUACUAUAUGUAAUAUGGACAUCAACAGGUAAUUCGACUACAACGUCAACCUCAAGUACAACUUUGAUGUUAAGUUCAUCAGCAAGUUUAAAUACAGAUAAUGAUGAUGAUGAUAAUUCACAUAGUGAUAAUGAUCAUAUAUUAUAUGGUAAUAGUUUUGAUGGUGGUGGUGGAAUUGGUUCUGGUGAAAUUGAUGAACUGGAGCAAUCAAUUGCAGCUGCAGCCGCUGCUAGAGCAUCUAAACCAGCUGUCAAUAUAAUUUAUAAAAAAUCUCUGCCACAUACAACUGAUAAAAAACGAAAUGUAGUUAAAGUUGUACCGGAAACCGGUAUCGUAAAUGAUUCAAUGGAUAUAUGUAAUGAAAAUUUUGAAGAUAAUCGACAAUAUAUACAAAAUCGUCCACGUAUUGAAUAUAAUCAUCUUCCAAUUAUAUAUUUUGUAACACCAACAUAUCCUAGACGCGAACAGAUACCUGAAUUAACCCGUUUAGGGCAAACGUUAAUGCAUGUACCAAGAAUACAUUGGAUUGUUGCCGAUGAUUUUGAUGCAUGUAAUAGUAAUUUAGAUUUUUUACUUAAUACUUUUGGCGUUCCUUAUACUCAUAUUUCUAGUCCAAUGCCGGAUAUAUACCGUGCCAAGUCACCAAAUCCACGUGGUGUUGCCAAUAGAAGAGCUGCAUUAAAUUGGAUACGUAAUGGUAAUCAUAAACAUGGUGUUUUAUAUUUUGGAGAUGAUGAUAAUACAUUCGAUUUAAAAUUAUUUUCGGAAAUACGUGAUACAAAAAAAGUUUCAAUGUUUCCAGUUGGUUUAAUUGGUUUAUAUGCUGUUAGUGCACCAGUAGUUAAAGAUGGUAAAAUAAUUGGAUUUUUUGAUUCAUGGCCAGCAAAACGUAAAUGGCCAGUUGAUAUGGCUGGUUUUGCUGUUAAUUUACAAUAUUUAUCACAACAUCCAAAUGCAACAAUGCCAUAUAGAGCUGGUUAUGAAGAAGAUGCAUUUUUACGUUCAAUAUCAUUAAAAAUUGAAGAUAUUGAACCGAAAGCAGCUAAUUGUACAGAAAUAUUAGUAUGGCAUACACAAACACAAAAAUCUAAAGCACCAACAGUACGUAUUGAAUCAAAAUAUAUAUAUGAUGGUACAUCAAGUUUAGCUGGUUUAUUUAGAGAAUUAGAAGCAUUAAAUGUUAGUCAUCAUUCUGAUACGACUGGUGUUAAAGCACAAAUUAGUCGAGAUGGUAAAGCAAGACCGAUAUCGUAUUUCUUCCGGUGAAAUAACUUAAAAGCAAAUUUUGGUGCUGUGGCUCUAUAAUAAUUAUAAUAAUAAUAAUGAUAUAUAAAUAUUAAAAAUAUUUAAUUAAUUAAUUAUUGUACAUAUAUAUACAAAUAAUUUUAUUAUAAUUAAUUAUUGUACAUAUAUAUACAAAUAAUGCAAAGCUUAUUUUUUUAUCAUUUUAAUACAUGUCAAUAAUUUUACAUUUAAUAUCGUAAAUUUGCAAAAAUUUUCCAAAAUUUAAUUUGUAAUUUGAUUUUUUUAAUUUCUUUUUUUUUUAAAUAGUAACAAUAAUGAAUUAUUAUAAUUUGACUAACAAAAUAAUUUCUAAUUUAUUAAAAGACAAUUGAAUAUCACACAAAGUGAAUAAUUUUGCUUAUAUAGCAAAAAGUAAAUUAUUAA